CUGCCUUCUGCUCUGCUGCCAUGUGCGUGUGGUAAAAAUGGCUGCUCCUACAGCAAAGGAAAGAAAAGCAUGCUGGGAUGCUCGAGAUGAAUACUGGCAGUGCUUGGAUGCUAAUAAUGAAGAUGCCUCAAAGUGUCAGAAAUUGAGACACGGCUUUACAAACAACUGUCCACAACAAUGGAUGAAAUACUUUGAUAAAAGAAGAGACUACUUGAAAUAUAAAGAAAAGCUCCAAGGAGGAAGCACAACAGAAACCACAGAAAAGUCAUAAGACUUAAAAAGGAACCAUAUUAAAAAAACUAUAAGAGGCUUGAAAAUAUUUCAAUGUUUUUUUUUUUUUUCAUAAAAGAAAAUGUACAAUAGAAGAUGUGUCAUUUGAAUCACAAGUUCCAGCAUAUUUACUUCCUAAAACUUCACUGAUAAAUAAGGUACCUGGUUAUGAACAUACAUACGCAAAGUCGACAAUAGGAGCUACGCACAUAUGUAUGUAAGUGAAAGAUGAUUAGCCAAUUAUAUUGAAGCAAAAGACUAAGAUCUCCUAAUUUUUUUUAUGGUCACUAGUUACAUCUGUGGCUAUAAUAAAAUUGGGCAUGCCUGUCACUGUGUGUUUAACUUGUGACAAUACUGUAACUUUCAGCUUAAAUACAAACAAAUAUUUAUCAUUUGGAGGUAUGGGAAGUUUAAUAUAUAAAUCUAUACAUAUACAUGAUUAAAGGUCUUUUUUGUUUUUGUAGCUUGUGGUCCUGUUCAAUAUCCCAGAGUUGCAUAUUUAUUUAUGAUGGAGUACUUAGUAACUUACAAGGUUUCUGUAAGGUUUUUCUUUUCCUUUAAAGGGCAUGUAAAGGCAAAAGAAUAAAAUCCCAUUUUUACUUUCUUUAAUGAAAAAGAAACCUAUCUCCAAUAUACUUUAAUUAAAAAAUAUGUACCGUUUUUAUAAGAAACCUGACUGUAUGCAGUGAAAUUCUCCCUUCAUUUACUGCUGUGGAUAGGAAUUGUCAGAUGGUCCCUAACUGCUGAGCAGGGAAACAAUCAUACUUAUGAACAGCAGGGGGAGCCCCCGCCUUACUUCCCAGCCAUGCAGAACUCAAGCAGCUUUGUUUAAGACGAUCCCUGAGCAGCCCAGACCACACUGAGCAUGUGCACAGUCUUAGUCUUGCAAAGAUGUUUAACAAAGUUACAAGAUGAUGACCCCCUGUAGCCAACUUUGAAAGCAUAAAUCAUUUGUUUGGUUAGGCUUGUGGUGCAGUAAGUUCAUGUUUAUAUUUAGUAUACAAAAUAUACAGCAUUUAUAGCCUUAUUCUAUUUUAGACUUUACAUGCCCUUUAAGCAGAAUAGCAAUGCCGUUAUCAUUUUACGGGAUCUCUCUGUACAAGCUAGGAGUACAUUUAGAGUGCUGCUGCAUUACUGGGUGUAGAAGUAGUAAUACAGCAGUACUAGGAAUGAUACUGUAAUUCCAAUGCUGAUAUUGUUUUUGGGUACCUCACUGUGCACUCUGAGGUAUGCAAAAAGAAAAUUAAAUAUUCAUAUUAAUAUUUUAGUCCAUUAGAAGAAAUGUAAGAUUCUAUUGAUUUUUUUUCUAUUAAAACCCCCUUCUGUAUCAGUUUACAGUAAUGUGACACAAAUAAACCACUUUACUGUUU